CUGAGCUAGCAGCCAUGACAGACCCGAUGGAACGAAGAGAGAGGGAAGACGAGCAAAAGUUAGCAUGAAAGCUGAGAAUGAAGAGGGAGAAGAAGAGGAGGAGAGAGGAAGUGAAUAAGAUGACCGCAGCAGUGGCAAAGGUGCAGGAGUGUAGAGCGGAGGUGUUGGCCCAACCAGAUGAUAAGGCCAAGUGGGACAAAGUACUGGGCUAUYUAGAGGUGUUGAGCAAGGCCUGGAUGGAGGAGCGCCAGGCAAGCUGGAGUCAGGAUGUAGCGUUGAGUGCCAUGCGGUCCGGGUUCAGGGAUUUUGCGCGCAAAAUCGUCACCCACAUAGGGGGCGAAGUCAAACAGUUGAGGGACAAUGUAGGGAAGUUUUGUGAGGGCGCUAUUCAGGGUGCCAAAGUUGCAGCCACUGUAGAAGGAGAGGCUAGACCCCGUAAGGACCCAGUGAAACUUAAGUUCCCAGAUGCGUACGGGGGAAAGAAGGACGAGAACUUUGAUAACUGGGAGGCCAGUGUCAAUAGUUACAUUUAUUUACAGCAUAUCCUGAUAGAGGAGCAAGUCCUCGUGGCCUUCCAGGCCCUGAAAGAUGAAGCGGCUAGCUUUGCCAGGUCUCUUGCGCGUACAGCCGAUCCGUCUUUGCCGUUUGUCGUCACCACUAACGCGAGUCAGUAUGGGAUAGGCGCUGUGUUGCAGCAAGACGACGGCAAUGGCUAUAGACCCGUAGAGUUCAUGUCAGCGAGGAUGCCCUGUGAAAAGGUUGCUGCCUCCACGUACGAAAGAGAACUCUACGCCCUCAGGCAGGCUUUAGACCAUUGGAAGCACUACCUGCUUGGGAGGCACUUCAAAGUCUACUCGAACCAUGAAACACUUAGAUGGUUGAAGACCCAGGCCAAGAUGACACCGAAGUUGACUAGGUGGGCCGCAGAGAUAGACCAAUUCGACUUUGAGCUCAAGCCAGUGAAGGGCAAGUACAGUGUAGUGGUGGAUGCUCUAAGUAGGAGAUCACACUACUUUGGAGCCGUAGUACAUUAUCUGGAUAUAGGGAGAGACCUGCAGGAGAAAGUGAAACAAGCGUAUACGCAGGACCCUAUCUAUAGCGACCUCCUAAAGAGAGUUAGAGAGGCCCCAGAGACCGAACCAGAUUACCGCACUACAGACGGGUUGCUGUUUGAGAAGACUAAUGUGUUUGACCGUCUGUGCGUUCCCAACAGCGAAGAGAUUCGUAGUCUGAUUCUAGGGGAAUGUCACGAUACUGAGGGACACUUCGGUUGGCAAAAGACGUUAGCCAAUUUGAUGCGUGCGUACACAUGGCCAGGGAUGAAGAACGACUGCAUAGAGUAUGUCCGCAGUUGUAAAGGAUGUCAACGAAACAAAUCUACUACACGCGCGCCCCUAGGUCUUCUCAGACCCUUGCCUAUUCCGGAUCAGCGGGGAGACUCAGUGUCCAUAGACUUCAUGGACACGCAAGUCAAGAGUAGACAUGGUGAGAGCCAAGUCAUGGUCAUAGUCGACCGUUUUAGUAAAUAUGCAGUUUCCGUCCCUUUGCCUACAGAGGCACGUACAGACUUAGUUAUACAGAAGUUUUUUGACUUUUGGGUUAGUGAGAAUGGAAUCCCAAUGUCAAUAGUUAGUGAUAGAGACAGUCGUUUCACCAGCCAGAACUGGCAAGAACUCGUGAGAGUCUACGGAUCUAAGUUGUUAAUGUCGUCCGGCCGUCACCCAGAGACUAACGGUCAGACAGAACAGAUGAACAAGAUCCUACAGCAAGUUCUGCGCAUGUAUAUUAGACCAGAUCAGAUCAAUCGGGAUGAGAUGUUGCCCAAGGUCGCUAGUGCAUACAACAACAACGUGCAUCUAUCCACCUGCCGCACUCCCAAUGAGUUGCACAAGUCCUUUAGACCGCGCAGACCGUUCGAAGGACUGAACCGGGAUCAGAUUCACAGAUUACCUUCCGGCACCAGGGAGUUUGCGAUACAGCACGAGAAAGAACUAGCAACUGUUGUUGAAAACCUCAGGAAGGCCCAGCAUAAGAUGAUAGAACAAGCUAAUAAGCACCGCCACCCGUCGCAGUUUCAGGUAGGCGACUUAGUCUGGGUCAAGGCAAAGGAGUUUGCACUGGAAGAAAACAUCUCGCAGAAGUUACUGCCUGCAUAUAGAGGACCGUGGCCGGUUCUAGAAGUCAAGGGCGGAGAGGAUGGACCGUCCAACAGCAUUGAGAUUCCAGCACACCUCCACACAUACCCUGUGUUUCAUGCUUCAAAGCUGCUGCCGUGUGUCACUAGUCAACAGUUCCCUUCCAGGAGAUCCAUGAUUCCACCGGAUAUGGAUGGGAGCUAUGACAUAGAGGGCAUUGUAGAAGAGGAUGUGUUUAGGACAGGAGGUAGAGGUCGUCCCCAAAAACAGUAUGAAGUCCGGUUUGCCUAUCAGGAACCGGAAGACGACCGCUGGUUCACGAAAGCAGAACUUCUAGAGACUGCUCCCGACAUCGUCAGAGCCUAUGAGCGUGACAAGAAAGGUAAAGGUCCCGCCUUGGACUGAAAUUUUCUCGGAGGACCUCGAAAUUAGGACGGCGGGAGUGAAACGGUUUUCACCUUUUAGCAGUGGCGGAUGCA